UCCAUCUUAACCCCUCGUCUCUCUACUGAAGCAGAGCAGUUAGUGAGUGUGGCUCGAUGGACAAGAAGGUGGUGCUGAUCACAGGCUGCUCGUCGGGCAUCGGCCUCAGCCUGGCUGUCCGGCUGGCCUCCGACCCCAACAAAACAUUCAAAGUGUAUGCCACCAUGAGAAACCUGGCCAAGAAGGAGCGUCUCAUAGAGUGUGUGAAAAGCCUGCACAAGGACACCUUGGACAUCCUGCAGAUGGACGUGGCCAGCUGGCAGUCCAUCCUGGAUGCGAGGGACAGGGUCGUGGAGAAACGAGUGGACAUUCUGGUGUGUAAUGCUGGUGUGGGUUUGAUGGGGCCGCUGGAGGUGCAGUCCUUGGACUCCAUGAGGCAGAUUCUGGAGGUCAACCUCUUCGGUACCAUCCAGACCAUCCAGGCUUUCCUUCCGGAGAUGAAGGCUCAGGGUCAGGGCCGCAUCCUGGUCACGGGGAGCACUGGAGGGCUUCAAGGUCUCCCCUUUAAUGAGGUGUACUGUGCCAGUAAAUUUGCAAUAGAGGGAGCAUGUGAGAGUUUGGCCAUCCUCCUGCAGCACUUCAAUAUCCAUGUGAGUCUCAUUGAGUGCGGUCCAGUCAACACUGACUUCCUGGUCAACCUGCAGAAGGCGGAGCUCGGGGAUACGUCUCUGCAACAGGUCGAUGCCCUCACACUCAGCCUCUAUGAAAAAUACCUGCAGCACUGUGGCUCCGUUUUCCAAAACGCAGCACAGGACACGGAGGACAUUGUGAAGGUUUUCCUGGAUGCCAUCCAGUCACCCAGCCCUGCAUUCAGAUACUUCACCAGCGGGGACGUGCCACCUCUCACCAAACUCAAGGUCACAGAGCCAGAUGGCUCGCGGUACAUCAGGGCUUUGAGCAAAACCAUGUUCUCAGCAGAGGAACAAUAAUUGUGUUUUGUUUUCAACCAAGCAACUACUUGCUCUCCAUUUUUCUUUAUGUGCAGAGGUGAAUGUUUUUGCUCUUUCAGUUUUGUAUUCUAUAUUAAAGUUGACGCUCUGUGACUCACUGUAGUGGCUGAAAGUUCUUCUAUUUUUGUUUGUUGCUUAUCCAAAGUUAUAUUCCUUAUCGCAAUAUAAAGAUGAUUGUUUUUAUUUUCUUGUUGGUGGAGAAAUAUUUGUAUCGAGUGAUACAGCAUUCCUGUCGUUCCAUAGUGUUCUUACCAAACUGGUUGACAUAUUUUCACAGGGAUCGGUGUGCUUCUGCACCACAUUGUUAAGAAGUUUGUCAUUUUCUAUCGGCUAUUUCAAGGAAACAGAAACAACUUCCUCCCUCCGAAGCAUGAAGUGAUAAAAGAAAUCAAGGCUCUCAGGAGUUUCUCCAAGAUGCAAGAGUUUUUACAUGAUUUAAUGAAAUUAUAUGUUGUAUUUCUUUUCUAUUGUUUGAGAUUUGGAAAUAUCAUAUGUCAUAUAUUUUGUGGAAGUUAUGUUUUAAUUCUUGAAAUCUUUUAUCAGAGACGUGUGUGCGCUCUACACAAGUGAUCCCAUAUAUUUUUGUGACAUAUAUGUAGACGCAUAGUAAAGUUAUUUUGCUGGUUGAAUGAAAGCCUGUCAAUGAUUAAUAUAAUAAAAAUGAUAAAUAAAUGAUAAUCUAAUAAUUAUUACUGUUAUACUUC